UCAUCCGAAGCGAAGCCGUCAUGACGAUGUGCGCCAAGGUGAGCUCCGUCGUCGCCGUGCUGCUCUGCGUCGCCGCGGCGGCCAGCGCGCAGCAAGCGUCCAACGUCCGGGCGACGUACCACUACUACUACCCGGCUCAGAAUAACUGGGACCUGAACCGUGUUAGCGCCUACUGCGCGACGUGGGACGCCAAUAAGCCCCUGGCCUGGAGGAAGAAGUACGGCUGGACCGCCUUCUGCGGCCCCGUCGGCCCUACCGGCCGCGACUCCUGUGGCAAGUGCUUGCGGGUGACGAACAAGGCGACGGGAACUCAGGCUACGGUCAGGAUCGUGGACCAGUGCGCCAACGGAGGGUUAGAUUUAGACCAAGGCGUCUUCUCGCAACUGGAUACCGAUGGAGGCGGCUACAAACAAGGCCACUUGAUUGUCAACUACCAGUUCGUCAACUGCGGUGACUGAUCUGUUGCCUCUCUUCCACACCAUCUCCUGCAAGCAUAUAUAUAUAUACAUCGAUCUAUAUAAAUAAGCAUGCUUGCAUGCUCAGUUAGUGAUGCUGUAAUGUAUCUUACCAUCCAAUAAAAUGACAACGAGGAAUGACUGCCUCUGCUGUCUGUCUUUGCA